UCCCAAUUCAACUACUCUCAUGAAAACUAUUUCCACACCAACCACGACACGAGCCCCAUCCCAGCGCUACUACGACUGCCACAGCUGUACCAGCGGCUGCAGCAGCAAGAAACAGAACUACCUGUGUCCUGCCAAUGGGAAAAUAAAGACUGGGACCAACACACGUUUUGUCAGGUGUAAGGGACCCUGCAUGUCUUCUGUCAACAAAACACCAUUCGGAGCUGAUGUGGUCCGUAGAUGUUCAGACGGCAAGUUCCCAGGUCUACGUAUCCCUGCCAAUGGCUGCCUGACUCACAAGAAGGAAGUCACGUGCUUUUGUACUGGUGACCGCUGUAACACCAGAAACAUGGUGCAGGAGCAGAGCAGGAUGGGAUAUGGAUGGUGGAUGUGGCGAAAACACUAAUUUUAGAG